CCACUUCCGUACCACCUCUUCCUUCUUCGCCAAACCGUUUUUCCGUUUCCCUUGUUCCCUUGUUGCUCGUCCAUCGCGUGAACACUCUCUCUGUUCGACGUGUGACGCGUCGUGACAUGUGCGAUAGUCUGCGAGCCUCCGCCUCGUUAUCGCGCUCCUUUUCCUCGUCCUCCCGCGUAUCGUCCUCGUCGUCGUCGUCGUCGUCGUCGUCGUCGUCGAGGAAAGCGAAAGAGUAUCGGGUGGCCGCGCGCUCGCGGAAAGAAGGAAAGAGGAGCACGUGGACGACUGGCACCGCGACGAGGGCCGGCGGCGCGACAGGUUGAAAAGAUGCUGGCACUGGCGAUGCGCCGCGAACACACGACCGGGCGCAGCAAUUACGAGCCCGCGAAUCCGCUCGCGGGUUUCGACCACUUGCAGCACAACAGCGGGAACCCGUUCGCUGUUGUUCCCUCGUCGUCGGAGGGCAGGCUGCGAGAAACCGGCCCUGAGCCCGACGGCGAGUUGCAGGAAUUCGUGGACAUCGCUCAGGUACAGCAGCUUCUGCAGCAGCAGCAGCACCAACAACAACAACAACAACAACAACAACAGCACCAGCAACAACAGCAGCAGCACCAACAACAACAGCAGCAAGCGCAACAACAGCAUCACCACCAUCAUCAUCAGCAACAGGUGGCGGCCGCCGCGGCUGCGUCCUGCAUCUGGGGAGCGGUUUACCCGCCGCCGCCGCCCGCGCUCGGAUACCAUCAUCACCAUCACCACCAUCACCAUCCACCGCCACCACCCUCAGGCAGCCUGGCGGGCGAGGACCUAUCCCUGGAAGAGGCGACCGCGGAGGACGAUGAAACGGGUACCUCGGCGGGCAGGGAUCAUCGACACCAUCAUCACCAAGAGUCUCAGGAUCAAGGGACGCCUGGCGCCCCUCCCUCCGCUAGUCCACCGCGUCACCAUCAGCCCCAAGACGACGCGGAUCGUUGCAACGUGUUGCAAGGCGGCGUGAUCCUCUACUCGCCCCAUUCCACCUCCUCGGUGUCCUCGGCACCCCCUUCGAGCGUCAACAUCUGCAACGUGCCCACGUUGACCUAUCACGGCGUGUUUACGACCACCUGCACCCAAUCCUCGCCCCUCAACGCUCAAAAUCAACAGCAACCGCCCCAACAGCAGCAGCAGCAGCAACAACCGACCAGCCAGGAGCUCUGGGGUCCGUUGACCUCCCCUACUUUGACCUUGACGAAUCCACCGUUCCUCCACUCGGCGCUUCACUCGGCCCCGUACGGUGGCGAGACCGUCGAACUUCUGCCCGUCGAGUCGAAGCCACCCCCGCCACCAGGUUACCAUGACACGCCGGCCACGACCCAGGCCGCGUGGCUAACCACGCACGAGGAUCCUUAUGAUCCGAAUCUCCUGUCCCACCAUCAUCCCCACCACCACCGUCAAGAGGCUACGUUGAAGCAAGAGCCUACAGGGGCGGCGAGCGGUUGGCCGGCCGUUCAACAGCAGCAACAACAGCAGCAGCAACCCCAGCCGAGCCAACAGCAGCAGCAGCAGCAACAACAACAACCACCACCACCCUCGGCAGGUACGACGGGCGUCCAGCUGGCCGAGUACAAUCCGAGCACGUCGAAGGGGCACGAGAUUCUGUCGCAAGUUUACCAGCAGAGCCCUCUGCCGCUCAGGCUGGUCCCGGUGAAGCCGCGCAAGUAUCCGAAUCGACCGAGCAAAACGCCGGUGCACGAGCGGCCGUACGCUUGCCCGGUGGACGGCUGCGACCGCAGGUUCUCCCGCAGCGACGAGCUCACCCGGCACAUCCGUAUCCACACCGGCCAGAAACCGUUCCAGUGUCGCAUCUGCAUGCGCUCGUUCUCGAGGAGCGACCAUCUCACCACCCACGUGAGAACGCACACAGGCGAGAAGCCGUUCUGCUGUGAUCAAUGCGGCCGAAAGUUCGCGAGGAGCGACGAGAAGAAGCGGCACGCCAAAGUCCACUUGAAGCAGAGGUUGAAGCGCGAGGCCACCCACGCCUCCGCCAGAAAUCACCCCCAGAGCCACGCUUCGCCUCCUUGCAACCAGUAAUCGUCGUCGUCGUCGUCGUCGUCGUCGAGGAUUCGCGGAUACUUUCGCCGAUACCGUCGAUCUUCACUCAGCUCAUUCCUUGAAAACCAGUCGGUACUCGCACCGCGACGCUGCUUUCACAUCUUGCCGGGCGACGAGGAAACGACGGAGACCUUUAGGCGGAAGACACACGGGCUGCCGUCACCGACUGAUCCGUCAUCGAUCGUCUCUGGCACUCAAGCGAUCGCCGAGUAACCAUCACCGUCACCACCACCUCUGACGAUUGGCCUCAAAUCGGUCAAAUCGAGACGGCAUUUUCGACGGUAUAUAUAUAUAUAUAUAUAUAUAUUAUAUGUAACGACGCGUGAUACCGAGAUUAGUCUCGGAUAGUAGUACGUAAGAAGUUCACUAAUCGCGAAGGAUUUUCGUAAAAUCCUUGUAAAUAAUUGUGGAUAUAAUUUUUAACCGGGAUAACACGUAUCAUAUACAUAUAUAUCUAUAUAUAUAUGUGUGUGAAAACGACGCGUCCGUGCAACGGUGUCGUCGUUCCCUACGAAGGGUUGCUCGCGUUCCAGAGAAUCUUUCUUGUGUGAUCUCCUCUCUUCCGUUAGGGAAUGAUCGACCGGCGAACGCGAAAUCGGGCGGUAUUAUACGUCGCCUCUACUCUCACGUUUUUUCCUUCUCCAUCUUAUUACGUCUCGUUUCUUUCUCUCCCGCCUCCUAUUUUGCCUAAGGUAAUAGCGUUACACGAGAGAGAGAGAGAGAGAGAGAGAGAGAUGGACUAGUUGCAUUUAGCUUGGAGGAACGAACACGGGCGAAAAUUCUAGCUUUAUCGAGGUAGCGUAAGGUACUGUUAGGUUGUUUUCUCGGCGAAGACGGUCGGUAUCAGUCCUCGACAACGGUGAUGUUUUUAGCGGUAAACGGGAAGAACGGGAGAGAAAGGGAGACAGAGGACGAAGGCGAGGAGAGGAUAUUUGAAGCGAGGCGACGCGUUGGAGAUUGUUAUUUACGGCGGUCGCGUUUUAUGCCUCUGUUUGCGAUCGGGAACGAGAUGCAGAUGCGAAAAUCGGCGUUAACCGAGAGAGCCGCGUAGAUACACGCGCGAAAUACGCCCGGUGUCACGAAAUAUUCUCGAACGAAUCACGGUAGAAUAUCGAUACCGCCCGCAGCUUCCGGGAAUCGGACAGGAAUUCGCCGAAGGAGAAGGAGAGAGAGCGCGAGAAGCGAGAAAGAACGAAACGGCGCAUGCAAACGAGCGCGUGAGAAGAAAAGAGAAGAGAAGAAAAAGAAGAAAAAAAAAAAGAAAA